UUAUAUCAUCGAAUUACCACGAAAUCUCACAUUACUACAUAUUUCUUCUUCUUACUCGCGGUGGCAAGAUGUCGGGAGAGGAGAUGUGGUGGGAGAGGAAGAUUGCAAAGCCAGCGGAGUCAGAGCCGGAGUCUGAGCCAGAGUCUUAUACUUUGUCGGAGUGUGACUCGGACACAGACGUGGUGGUGAAGCAGGAGAGGAUGGCGCGGCUGGUCGAGCCCGAUACCAAGCACACAGCUGAGGAGAAGGUGCUCCUGGGUCUUCACAUUGUUCAUUGCAGACAGUUCACUGAAUAUGAUCCAAAGCAGAAUGAUUUUGUCUGCACCCGCUUCUGCCAUUUCAACAUAGCCUUCUUCGACCUCGAUGAAGAGUCCGAUGCCCCCCAUGGUCUGCCGCUUCAAGUGCAAAAUUAUUCUGAUUGGUGCGAGAUGGCAGAUGCAUCGGUUAAUGUCAUUUCCUUGAAGAUAAUCAGAUCUGAUGUGGGCUACCCAAUCAACGUAUUUGGCACCGUGCUUGCAAGGGAUGAGGUUGACUAUAAAUGUGUCUAUCUGUUCCGUCGUGAAAGGGAUGAUCCCCAGUGCAUCACCAAAUCGAGGAACAUGUUAACUCUGACAGGUCCACGCCGGGGAUUUGUCAUAUCUGACAGUAUGUUUUUUGAGAUCAAUUUGAAGAUCAAGGGUGAUCAGACCAGUGAUGACAAAGAUUUUAGCAAAGGUGUGAUACGACACUGGCGUGUCCCCUUUGACAGGCGACCCGUGAUCACUCAUCUGCUGAGUAGCUGGCAGAGUAUAGUCGAAUUGGCAUUAUCGCCUAUUACGAAUCCCGUGGCAGCUUCUCUUAAAGUUAAUAUUUUGAGUGGACCAUGUGAUGUUCCUUUCAAAAGCAAAGUAACGGCUCGAACCAUCGGAAAUACUGAAAAUCAUAUCAUUCUAUAUGAAUAUGAUAACAAGGCGACGUGGAACCACAUAUUAAUUGAAGAUGAUGGCGCUAUUGUCUUGACUCGUAAUCUGGUAGCCGUCCCUGUCCACACGGUUGACGAUGUUGAAGAAAUUCUGCUCAAUGUUUCUUUUAUUGCUGGCAAUGGGAAAGAUGAACGCACCUCGGUCACGCUAUCAUACCCUGAAGAGGAGAAGGUUUGCAAUCACGGUUGCUAUGAGCUGCUGGUGAGGGUUUGUUGGACAGGUAUUCAAGACGUUCCGAUGCGCGGAGAUAUUCUGAGAAGAUGGACCUUGGUGCCUGCCAAUCCUUUGUUCCUCUAAUCGACCUUCGGGAAUGGAGUCUUAGCGCCGGCCGUCGUCUGAUUUAUAAGCUUCUUCCUUCGUCUUUUUUUCAAUCUGAGUACCUGCUGGACGCUAUAAAAUUUUAUUUUAAUUGUAAUAAGCACUAUAAAAUUCGACUCGAGGCGAUCGACUAGGUGGAAAGAAGUUGGUUUGCUGCGAGAUU